GCGCUUAAAAUUGUUGAUGUACGAAGCAUAGCGAAAGGUGCGUUUGCCAGGCUUGAUCGUCAUGGAUCUGUCCACGAAGUUUGGAAAGCUUUCUAUGGUAAAUGGUAAUCGUUCGCCCUUAAAAAUGCCAAACAAGGGGGCGCGAGAAAAGAUGCACGUAAUUAAGCGCAAUGGACAUAAGGAGGAUGUUCACUUUGAUAAAAUCACUUCGAGGAUUGCUAAACAAUGUUACAACUUAGAUAUGAAUUAUGUGGAUCCAUCUGCUGUAGCGGCUCAAGUGAUACGUGGUUUAUAUUCUGGAGUAACUACAGUUAUACUAGAUAAUCUUGCAGCUGAAACUGCAGCUACGAUGGCAACUAAUCAUCCUGAUUAUGCUAUAUUAGCUGCAAGAAUUGCAGUAUCUAACCUACACAAGGAGACCAAAAAGAGCUUUAGUGAGGUCAUGCAUGAUUUGUAUUAUGCCAAGAAUUCCAUCACAAAUCAACACACUCCUAUAAUCAGUGAAUAUUAUUAUAAUAUCAUCAAGAACAACGCAGAGCAAUUAGAUUCUGCUAUAAUAUAUGAUCGAGACUUUAGUUAUAACUAUAUCGGCUUUAAAACACUUGAAAGAAGCUAUUUACUGAAAAUUAAUGGUAAAAUUGUGGAGAGACCUCAGCAUAUGUUGAUGAGAGUUGCUGUCGGUAUUCACGAGAAUGAUAUUGACAAAGCCAUAGAAACAUAUAACUUUUUAUCAGGACGAUACUUUACACAUGCUUCACCAACGUUAUUCAAUGCCUGUACUAACAAUCAGCAGAUGUCCAGUUGUUUCCUCUUAACCCUUGAGGAUGAUAGCAUAAAAGGUAUUUAUGGCAUGUUAAAAAGAUGCUCACUCAUUAGCAAAUAUGCUGGAGGAAUAGGAUUUAAUAUACAUUGCAUUCGUGCCAAAAAUGCGGAGUAUACGAAUACGACUAAUGGUUUGGUGUCUGUUUUAAAGUUAUAUAAUGAAAUAGCUAUUUACGUCGAUCAAGGAGGAAACAAAAGACCAGGAGCAUUUGCUGUUUAUUUGGAACCAUGGCACGCUGACAUUUUGGAUUUUUUAGAACUUAAGAGGAAUAUUGGAGAUGGAAACAUGCGAGCUAGAGAUCUAUUUUAUGGUCUUUGGAUACCAGAUCUUUUUAUGGAACGUGUGUAUAAUGAUGAGAUGUGGAGCUUAAUGUGUCCGUCUGAAUCCCCUGGCUUGGCUGAUGUUUGGGGCGACGAAUUUAAAGAAUUGUAUACUAGAUAUGAAAAGGAAGGUCGCUUUAGAAAGCAAGUAGAAGCUAGAACCGUAUGGCUUGCCAUUCUAAGAUCGCAAGUAGAAACUGGAACACCUUAUAUGCUUUACAAAGAUCAUUGUAAUCGAAAAUCGAAUCAUCAACAUCUAGGCACGAUCAAAUGCAGCAACUUAUGCACCGAAAUUGUCGAAUACUCCAGUCCUGAAGAAGUCGCUGUAUGCAACUUGGCUUCUAUCGCUGUCAAUAUGUUCGUUAAUGCAGAUACCAAAACUUUCGAUUUUGAUAAACUUAAAACAGUCGCAAAAAUCGUCACCCGUAAUUUAGAUAAAGUCAUCGAUGUUAAUUUUUAUCCUAUCAAAGAGACGAAGAUAUCUAAUCAAAGACACAGGCCUAUUGGUAUCGGGAUACAAGGUUUGGCAGACGCGUUCCUUUUAAUGCGAUAUCCAUUCGAGAGUAAAGAGGCGAAGGAACUCAACAUAAAAAUUUUUGAGACGCUUUAUUAUGGUGCCUUAGAAGCUAGUUGCGAAUUAGCUGCAGAAAAGGGCACUUACAAAACCUAUGAAGGUAGUCCAGUCAGCAAAGGUAUUCUUCAAUACGAUAUGUGGAAUGUCAAGCCGACAGCUUUAUGGAAUUGGAAUGAAUUGAAGGCGAAGAUCGCGAAGCACGGCGUAAGAAAUUCGCUCUUAAUAGCACCAAUGCCAACGGCUUCGACGGCACAGAUAUUAGGGAACAACGAAUCUAUCGAACCAUAUACGAGUAAUAUCUAUAUAAGGCGCGUAUUAUCUGGAGAAUUUGUCAUCAUCAAUCCGCAUUUACUACGAGAUUUAACUGCCAGAGGUUUAUGGGAUAAAGACAUGCACAAUGAAAUACUUGGGAAUUUUGGAUCUGUUCAAAACAUUGAUCGUAUUCCUGACGAUCUGAAAGUAUUGUAUAAGACCGUAUGGGAGAUACCACAAAAAGUAAUUAUUGAAAUGGCGGCCGAUCGGGGAGCUUUCAUCGAUCAAUCGCAAUCUUUGAAUAUUCACAUAGGAGUUCCAACGACUGAAAAGCUUUCUUCGAUGCAUUUCUUCGGUUGGAAAAGUGGCCUAAAGACUGGCAUGUACUAUUUGAGAACAAAGCCAGCCGCAAAUCCUAUACAAUUUACAGUGGACAAAUCAAAAUUACAAAAUCGCGAUUCCGUAUCGAAUCCUUCUAGUGUCAGCACACCUACCGAUAGCCCCAUUCAGUCACCCACUAAAGAUGUUGUUAACGAUGACGAAAAACGAAACCAAUUAACUCAGCAAGCGAGUAAAAACUUGGAAACGAUGCUUGCUUGCUCGCGUAAAAAUGGAGAAGCAUGUACAGCAUGUAGCUCUUGAGCGUUUACUAUUUUUAAAUUUUAUUGUAUUGAAAAUACAUAAGGUUUUUAUUUUUGUAAAUUAUACAAAAAGAAAUAUGUUUUUGGCGUGUAUAUUCUAAAUUUAAUUUUUACAAUUGUUAUGAUAAUUGUUAAAGGCAAUAUCCUAAAUAUAAACUAUUAAUAAAAAUAAAAAAUAAGAAAAAAAUAAAA